GUGUUGCGAGAGGAGGAGGAGGAGGAGGGAGGAGGAGGGAAGGGGAGCAGGACAGCAGUGAGCCUCAGAGGGAGAGAGCCAGCGCUGCAGAGCACAGACACACAGCGAGAGAACGGGAGCAAAACAGCGUGGGAACCGAGCGCGGCGUGCAUAGCAAGCGUGUGGGUCUGUAUCUGUCCGUGUGUGUGAGAGAGCUCUCAGUGGCCCCCCCCCCACCCCACCCCCUCCCUCGGAGGCCGUGGGCAGCCAUGGCGUCGGAGCCCGGCGCCCAGUCCAGGGUGAUGUUCCAGCCGGCGGACAAAGCGGAGGAGCCGGCGCACCGCAGGCUGGGCAAGCUGACGGUCAAGUACAACCGCAAGGACCUGCAGAGGAGGCUGGACAUCGAGGAGUGGAUCGACGGGCAGCUGCACCUGCUGUUCGACUGCGAGGAGGAGGAGAUCCCAGAGUUAGAGAUCGACAUAGAUGAGCUCCUGGAGCUGACAGACGAGGGACAGAGAGUCCGUCUGCAGGAGCUUUUGCACAAAUGCGGAAAGCCAAAAGAGGAUUUUAUCAACGGGCUGCUCUACAGGAUAAAAGGUCUACGCAAGAUGUCUGGUUCUUUGAAGAAGUAAUUACAGGUCAAACAAAGAAACGAGACAGUGGAGCCUCCGACCCGGGCCAUCUCCUCGCAUUGUACCAUGUGAGUGGGACUCUUCCCCCCCCCUCCUUCUCGGGUCAGCGUCCGUCUCCCAACACCCGAGCGGUCGGGCUUUUUUGAAAGGAAGCAUGAAACGAUUCCACUUUAAUCGCCCGGCUGCUCCGACGUGUUGUCUCCCAUUAACGCACACGUGGUAAAAGUUGACCCAUCACCCAGAGGGACUGUCUUUUUGUGUAAGACUGUACAUUUCCGGUUGCCUAUUUCAUGUACAUAAAUAUUUUUUUUUGUUCCGAUAACAGUCUCUUGAGUCAAAAAUAAUAAAAAUGGAACGUUUUCAAGAGAA